AUGGCGACGUCCACACCAGAGGCGCUCGCUGCCUGGGAUCCGGCAAGCUCGAUACCUACCUUGAUUGGUAGCUUACUUUCUCUUGUUGCGACUGCGGUCGUCAUCUUGCUUUGGACUUUUGCCGGCGGCAAGAAGAGGCGUGACUUCCGCUACGCUUUGAUCUUGAACCUCACGGUAGCCGAAUUCCUUAAUUGUCUAAAUAAUUCCGUCUCUGGCAUUGCUGCCGUUGCAAGACGAAGACCACUGCUACCAGGCACCGCCUGCAAAGUCAAUGGCUGGGCCGGUCAAUUCUCGGUGCAGGCCGUCGACUUUUCUAUACUCGCUAUCACGCUCAUCACGCUACUUACGAUCCAACUACGCUCCUUUAUCAUCUACGCUUCGGCUACAACCAAAGCGCUCAUAUGCCUCUCGAUCUGGAUCGUUCCGCUCUGCACCAGUAUCUUCGCAUGGACGAAGAAGUACUACGGCCCAGUAUCCGGCAACUGGUGCUGGAUCGAGAGGCAAUACCUACAACAACGUUACACUCUCAACCACGGCUGGCGCUUUGCCAUCUUUCUCAUCUCGCUGUGUACCUACGUCUACGUCUUCAUAUACAUGAGCCGCCGCCUCCGUCCCCAGGGCCUUUCAAAUCUCAGCUCAAGCAUCCCAGAUGACCUUGACUACGAAAAGCUCGACAACAAGACCCGGGACGAUGCCGUACUCGCUGGUUGCGGUACGACACCGCGCAUCAGUCUCGAUGCAGGUUCAGACAGCCCUACCGCCGGACAAGGUACAAAGAAGCACCGCCGUGCGGUGAGCAGCUUCAGCUUCGCCCGCAAUCUCCAGGUCAACACCGCUCCACAAACCGUCCAUGGCGACGACCACGCAACCACACCUCACAUGGACGACAUCACCUCGCCGGAAGAGACGCAUGCUCUCGUCGACCUCGAGAAAGGCUUACCACACGCCCCUACCGAGCCACCGUUUACCGCACUACCCAUCCGCCGUGCUGUCACCCGCCCAGAUAACAAAGCCAAGGCCGACCGCGAAAUCUGGAAGAUGCUGCUUCUGAACAUGUACCCCGUCACUUACCUCAUCCUCUGGCUGCCAGGUAUCGCCAAUCGUAUCGCAGAAGGCAUGGGCCACAAUGUCAGGGCACUGGUCAUCCUGCAGAGCAGCACGCAGUUUAUCGGUCUUGCUAAUGCAGCUGUCUAUUUGUAUACAGAGCACAGGCGCCAUGUAAGGGAGUGGUGGGGAGGCAUCAAGGGGAGAAAGGCCGCUAAAGGCUGCAAAGGCUAA